CGGAGCCGCCGCCGCUGCCGGUCAUGUCCGCCCCUGCCGGCGCCCCGCACCCCCACGCCGCCGCCAGCGCCAGGAUCCCGCCCCGGCUCGGAGCGGCGGCCGCCCCCGCCGGCCCGAGCUCGGCGCCGCACUACCAGAACGGUCCAGCACAGAAUCAGAUGCAGUUUCCACCUGGAUAUGGAUUACCUCCUCAAGGCUAUGUUGUUCCCUCAGGACUCUAUUCCCAAGGACCUGGGAAAAGUACCCCUCUGCCAUUGGAAAGCCAGUAUGGGACUGAUUAUUAUUCUGGCCCCUACACAGUACCAACACAAAAUGUGACUGUUGCUACAGGUCCUAGCUCGAUGAACAUGCAGCUGGGAUCACAGCAGGUAUAUGGCAGGGGUCCUCCUGCUCCUCAUACUGUAGGGUCCACUCCUGGAUCAUUCCCAAGUGGUGUUGCAUCUUCAGCAUCCCAUUUACACACAGGUAGACCCCAGCCGCACUCCUCCUUUGGUAAUCACUACAACAGUCCGGUCAUUCCCUCUGCCAGUUCUUCCAUUGCUUCUCAGGGAUUUCCCCUUACUUCUGGCCAUUAUGCUAUGUCUACUGCUUCGGGUGCUGUGUACCCUAGUGUUUCAUAUCCUUCGGUGCCUGCUGGCGAUCCAUAUGGGCAAGUAUUUACUUCACAGAGCACUUCAGUCAUCACACAGUUUAAAGAUAAUUCAUUUCCUGGUCAAAACACAGCCGUCAACCAUCCGCCGCAGCGGCGACAGAGUCCUGUGGGAUAUUGUACUUCAUCAUGGGCAACUCCGGGCCCCCAGUCAACCCAAGACAACCUUACCCAAAAUCACACUGGAUCCCUGGCUACAGCAGGCAGCACGUCUAAUGCAGAUUCUUCAUCCUGUGCUGGAAAGCAAAACAUUCAGCUUCUCAAGACCAGCCCAGCGCCACCCACGGUUUCAUCAGGGAGUGUUUCAGCAAGGACACAGUCUGCUGCAGACCAGGCAACCGAACCUGCGGCCUCGGAGACACAGCCUCCAGAACGCUUACUGCAGGAAGGCAUGCAGUAUGGUGGAUAUGUUAAUAAUCAAGCUAGCUCUGCACCAACUCCCUCGUCAUCAACUUCAGAUGAUGAGGAAGAGGAGGAGGAGGAUGAGGAAGCAGCCAUUGACAGCUCCUCUACCACCAGCAGUGCUUCUCCUGUGCCCAACAGCUUUGAUGCUCUGGAAGGUGGGAGCUAUCCAGGUGACACGAUGGGUGUGUUGACACGCUUUCUAUCGACCAGCAGUCCAGCUCCGGCUCUCUCUGUUCCUCAGGCAGCCAAACCUGCUAAGCCCUUUGGCUAUGGGUAUCCAAUCCUUCAGCCUGGUUAUCAGAAUGUAGGGCUGAGUUCUGGAGUACAAACUAGUAACCCGGCAUAUUCUGGAUUCCAGCAGUUUGCCCAGCAGUAUCCUGGUAUGAAUCAGUUGUCAUCUAGUCUAAGUGGAUUAAGUCUGCAGCAUUCUUCUCAACAACCCGAAAGUCUGAGACCAGUCAACCUCACUCAAGACAGGAAUAUUCUGCCUGUGACUCCCGUUCUGGCUCCUGUACCUAAUUUGAGUUCAGACCUGAGAAAAUUAAAUUGUAAUCCUGAUUCAUUUCGAUGUACUCUGACAAAUAUUCCACAGACUCAGGCUUUACUGAAUAAAGCUAAGCUUCCUUUAGGGUUGUUGUUGCAUCCCUUCAGAGAUCUCACGCAAUUACCAGUUAUAACAUCAAGCACCAUUGUGAGGUGCCGGUCUUGCAGGACAUAUAUCAACCCUUUUGUGUCCUUCAUUGAUCAGAGGAGAUGGAAAUGCAAUCUGUGCUACAGAGUUAAUGAUGUUCCUGAGGAAUUUAUGUAUAAUCCCCUUACCCGUUCCUAUGGAGAGCCUCACAAACGGCCCGAGGUUCAGAAUUCAACCGUGGAAUUCAUUGCUUCUUCAGACUACAUGCUUCGUCCUCCUCAGCCUGCAGUGUACUUGUUUGUUUUAGAUGUGUCUCAUAAUGCACUGGAAGCUGGGUAUUUGACAAUUGUCUGCCAGUCGCUGUUGGAAAAUCUAGACAAGCUGCCUGGAGAUUCGAGAACAAGAAUCGGGUUCAUAACCUUUGACAGCACGGUUCAUUUCUAUAACUUACAAGAAGGGUUAUCACAGCCUCAGAUGUUGAUUGUCUCAGACAUAGAUGAUAUCUUCUUACCUACACCUGAUAGUUUACUUGUAAAUCUACAUGAAAGCAAAGAGCUGAUAAAAGACUUAUUGAAUGCUUUACCAAAUAUGUUCACCUAUACAAGAGAAACCCAUAGUGCUCUUGGUCCUGCACUUCAGGCUGCCUUUAAAUUAAUGUCUCCAACAGGUGGCCGUGUGUCUGUAUUCCAGACACAGUUACCUUCCUUGGGUGCAGGACUCCUGCAGUCCAGAGAAGAUCCUAAUCAGAGAUCCAGCACAAAGGUUGUGCAACAUCUUGGUCCUGCGACUGAUUUUUAUAAGAAAUUGGCGUUAGACUGUUCAGGGCAACAGACAGCAGUGGAUCUGUUCCUUUUAAGUUCACAGUAUUCUGACCUGGCGUCUCUAGCUUGCAUGUCCAAGUAUUCUGCAGGUUGCAUCUAUUAUUACCCAUCUUUUCAUCAUACCCACAAUCCUUCACAAGCAGAAAAAUUGCAAAAAGACUUAAAACGUUAUCUCACAAGGAAAAUUGGAUUUGAAGCAGUCAUGAGGAUAAGAUGUACAAAAGGUCUUUCAAUACACACUUUCCAUGGAAAUUUUUUUGUUCGAUCUACUGAUUUGCUUUCCCUUGCCAACAUCAAUCCUGAUGCUGGAUUUGCAGUUCAGAUGUCAAUUGAAGAAAAUUUAACAGAUACUUCUCUGGUGUGUUUUCAGACUGCCCUAUUAUAUACCUCAAGCAAAGGUGAGCGGAGGAUUCGGGUGCACACUCUUUGUUUGCCAGUAGUGAGUUCACUGGCAGAUGUUUAUGCAGGAGUAGAUGUACAAGCAGCCAUCUGCCUUCUAGCAAACAUGGCUGUGGAUCGGUCGAUUUCAUCAAGUUUAUCAGAUGCAAGAGAUGCCUUAGUGAAUGCUGUAGUGGAUUCCCUCUCUGCAUACAGCCAGACCUCUUCCACCUCACAGCAGUCUGCUCUCAUAGCCCCCACCUCCCUCAAGCUGUUUCCUCUCUAUGUUUUGGCGCUGCUCAAGCAGAAAGCAUUUAGAACUGGUACUAGCACCCGCCUGGAUGAUCGUGUGUUUGCCAUGUGCCAGAUGAAGUGUCAGCCACUUGUUCAUCUGAUGAAAAUCAUUCAUCCCAACCUGUACAGAAUAGACAAACUGACUGAUGAGGGUGCAAUACAUAUUAACGACAGAAUAGUGCCUCAGCCGCCUCUUCAAAAAUUGUCUGCAGAGAAGCUGACAAGAGAGGGCGCCUUCCUUAUGGAUGCUGGUUCUAUUAUUUACAUCUGGAUUGGGAAAAGCUGUGAAAAUAACUUCCUAAAAGAUGUGCUCGGUUACCCAAACUAUGCAUCACUACCACAGAAACUGACACAUCUUCCAGAGUUAGAUACACUUUCCUCAGAAAGAACCAGGUCCUUUCUUUCCUGGCUUAGAGACAACAGGCCAUUGUGUCCAGUUCUCCAUGUGGUAAAAGAUGAGAGUCCUGCCAAGACAGACUUUUUCCAGCACUUAGUUGAAGACCGGACAGAGGCUGCAUUCUCUUACUAUGAAUUUUUGCUUCAUGUUCAGCAGCAGAUUUGUAAGUGAAAUGGAACCAAAGAAGAAGAAAAACAUCCAUGACUUUUGAGACAAGCAUACGUUGUCAGAGAAGCACAUGGGAAAUUUGGAAAGAAAGCAUUUGCAAUGCACCCCACCCUUUCUGAAGCUUUGACAGUUAAAGGUGAAGAAUUGUCUGCUAGAAGGAGGAUUUAUUUCAGCCUAAAUUAAAAGAUAGUAAUGAUGAUGCUAUUUCACUAACUACAUUUUGAAUUGGUUUAUACACAUUUCCAGUAGUGCAGCAGUAUGGUCCUAUUAAUUGCAAGCUGGCAAAUUUAUGUAGCUAUGUGGAAUGAUGUUUCAUAAUGUAAAAUUAGAUAAAUCCUUUUUCUUACAUUUAACAGAAUAUAUCCGAACUUAAACUCUGAUGAGAGAUGCCAAAGGGCAAUGGUAUCAGGUUAUUUGUUUAAUAUGAAUUACUUUUUAACAAGGAAUGAUUCAUAUUCAUUAAAUGGAUUCAUCAUUUUCCCAGUGAAGACUAUAGAAUUUCAAUACAUGAACUGUAGAAAUAAAAUGUAUAAUGUACAUAAAUGUUACAUUUGUAAAAAAAUGUAAAAAUGUAACUACAGAAUAUGAAUUGCUUAAAAUGUGCUACAUUGUUGGAUGUUUGAUGACAGAUCUUUUUGUCCCAGUUAGAGAAUGAGGUUGACUAAUACAUAUUAAGAAUGGAUGGAGUCCACAUAAGAAACACUCUUUGUAAUUCUGUUAAAUCUUUUAUGUGGAAUUAUUUAUGAUCACCUUACUAAUUAAAGAUAUUUUGCUUGAUUGUGUGUGUAUUUUUUGUAACCAAUAUUUUUACAUGUCUGAGAUGUAGGAUUUGGUAACUUGUGGGAAAUUAUACGUUGAUUUUAAUAUUCUGUAUGUCAAUAUAUUUUCAUUGAUCUAUGAUCUAUGACUUAUCAUUGUGUGUUCCAUUUCUAAAAGCCAAGUAAUUUUUCAAAAGAGAGCUAAUUAUUGUUAGUGUCGUCAGUUGUCUCAUUGUGCUGGUAAAAGAAAUGUUCUCAACCUUCACAUUGCUUUAACUUGAAAUUUUCAGAAAUGACAUGACCACUCAGUUUAACUGACUUAAUAGAAGUACCACCUUGAGUUUUUAUAGUGCCUUCACUCAUUCUGAAAGAAAUGCUUCAACAACAGUUUAGUUAUUCAUAAAAAUUUAAUAAUCUAUUCCAAGUACAUUGAGAUUAGAGAUUGUUGCCGCUAUGUAAAGAACCAUGGAAUGGUAAAGGUGCUUGGUGUGUAUGUAUUUUUUUUUAAUAUAAAGCCAUUGAUCUUGCUGUCUUCA